GCAGGGCUGGGUCCCACUCGCCGGCCCUUAUAUACCCUCCUGCGGAGAGAUCGCGGCACACGUGCUACACACGGCAGGACAGACGCACGACACCAGUCAUGUACGCUAAGUUGUUAAUGUUGUGCUGCGCGUGGGCCGCGGUGUCUGCGGCGCCGGGGCUGCUCGACAUCGGGCUGUCGCACGGGUACGCUGCGCCCGCGCUCGCUGCGCCCGCAUACACGGCGCAUGCCAUCGCCGCGCCUGCCAUCACCACACACGCCAUUGCCGCCCCGGCUAUUGCCACUCACGCUAUCGCCGCUCCUGUAGUCCGUGCAGAGCCCAUCGAUCCCAACCCAGCGUAUAGCUUCUCAUACGGAGUAGCAGACCCACACACCGGGGACCAAAAGGACGCACAUGAGACGCUGCAGAACGGCGUCGUCCACGGCUCCUACAGUCUCGUUGAGCCCGAC